GGCUGGGUGACCCCUGCCCUUCCGGGCGCCGCAAACUCGUAUUUCCACAACUUGAUAUCAACCUUUGAAGCCGAAUUGCCUCCUACCCUCCCCCCACCGCUAAUCUGGUUCCAAUUUUCUGCGUCCCUGCUUCUCCUGUCGGCGUCCCUGGCCGAAGCAAGAAGACUGCUAGCAUGCCUAUGGUAACUCGGAGGCUAAGAGAUCCUGACAUAAACCCGUGUUUGUCGGAAUCUGACUUGUCUACCAGAUGUCUGGAUGAAAAUAACUAUAACAGGGAAAGGUGUUCUGCUUACUUCUUGAAGUACAAAAAUUGCCGGAGAUUCUGGAAUUCUAUCCUGGUUGAGAGAAGACAGAAGGGAGUAAAGCCACCUAUGCCUACAGCAUCAGAAAGAGAUGAAAUUUUGAAAGCCAUGGGAAAAAUGCCCUAUUGAAGGAAUGCAUUAAAAUUGUUGAUAUGACUUUUAAACAGAUAAAUAUUUUUAGUAAGCAAGUACUGUAAUCUUUCAAGAACUCACAGGCCUUUCCAGGUGGUGCUUAAAUUUUCCAACAGGAGACAGUGUUAGUUAGCACUGUGUCCUUUGCAUUUGCUCAGUGCUGUGGGGAUGGUAUGCUGUGGCUGUUUUGUGGAAUAGGGUUUACAUUACUUCCUGCUGGUACAUUAGUGUAACGGAAGGUAUAUGAGUUGAGUGUGUUUGCUCAGUGUUUAAAGUAGAGUUUGGACAAAGACCUAAUGAAGGUGAAGGAGGGCAGUGUUGAUAAGGAUUGGAAUAACUGGAUUGGAGUAGUAACAUGAUGGAAUGCAAGCUUGACCCAAGUUGGGGAAGUAGUCUGUGGACAGUUCGUACAUGGAGGUUAAGGUAGGUGGAAGGGAAGGGAACUUAGAGUCAGUGCGGUGGGUCUCAAAUCAUAGGCUCAUUCUAAAAAGUUCUAGCUUUAAGAAAACUGAUACAUAAGGUUUUGUAUUGACUGAGAGGGAAAGCAGUCGGACAGGAAAGUUGUCUUAAGUAAAUGGCAUGCAAACCCA